AGCGAUUCGGACGGAGAACUUGACUUGUGCGGAAAGCAUAAAAACGUUUGCAGCGACGAUAGCAAAAGCAGUGCAUAAGAGCAAGAGCAAGAGGAACGGCAACGGCAACGGCAACGGCUCCAACAAUACUAGAAAGACGGCUCUGCUCGCAACAACAACAACAAUAACAGUAGCCGUAUCUCGUUCGGCAGCAUCAAAUAAAACACAUUCAGAGAAUUUAGGCAUUUUUUUGUCGCUGUUGAGAAUUUUCGUACGAUUUUUCGUAACAAAAAAGCGUUUUUUCUAUUUUGUUUAUUGGAGUUUUUCAUUUACUGCUAUUCGUUGUGGCGAAACGUGCGCGCUUAAGCGAAAAAUAAAAUAAAAAAUAAAAAACAAAAAAAUGCGAAAGUAAAAGUCAAUGCAAUAAGCGACAAACCGACUAUUGAGAACAAAUUAUAUUAAUAUUAAUAAUUAUAAAUAGGACAUUUGUAUGUGUGCAGAGAGCGUGAACAAAGUUUGACUUGAAGGUGGUGAUAAAGUGAACGAACACACAGCUGAAAACCGAUUUAAGGACAUUCUAAAAAACGAGUAUGCCGCGACGUGUUAAUUAACUCAUAAAUUAAAUUAUUUGAACCAGUCAGUUAUAUCUAGUUUUCAGAGUGUGUGCCGCUCGCUCUCUUGUAUUUUAAAAAGCAAUAAACAGCAAACGCUAAUUAAUUGAAAUUUUGUUCGAUUUUUGUUUUUUUUCCGAGACGUAUGCACGAAAAGAUUUCGCAAAAUUGACUUAAUCGGAACUGAAAUGCGCUUAUGGCACAAAAAAAUAAGCAAAUAUAUAAAACUAACUACAAUAAAUUAGAAAAACUUCGUGAAGUGAACAGUAAGGAAUUUAUGCGCAACUCAAAAAAAUAUUUAAAAACACAAACAACAAUCAUAAAUCAGUCAAAUAGUUAGUUAACCACUAAAUCAGUCAGCCUCUUGCAGUUAGAGUAACAAAAAACAAAAAAAAAAAAAAUCAUCGGAAAUUUGUACAUUUCAAAAGUUCAUUUAAGCCAUAUUAACGUCAACGUCAAUGUUUAAAGUGUAAGGAACAAAAAAAUCAAAAAAACAACAAACGUAAAUUUUAAAACGAAAACCAAAAUAAAUAAGAUAGCAUAUCGAAAACACCGAAAUUUGUGCCAAAAAAAUCGUUGAAAAUUUUAUUUGCAAAAUCGCAUAGCGAAUCCGCAAUACUCGUACCCAGUUGCUGUGUACGCUUGUAGAAUUUCGAAUUCGACUUCAAGUGCUUUAUGUGUGACACACUGCGAAAUCCGCAAAAGAAAAAUCAAACAAAAAAGAGGAAUUACGAAAAACAACAAACAAAUUUAACAAAACUUAGCUACAACUUAACAGCAGCAAUAAAACGUCUUCAGCCACAAACAGCAAGCAACAGGCAACUUUCCAGUUGAAAUUUUUCUCGAAAAAUAAAUAACAGCAAGACUUGGCAUUAACUGCAUUUUAAAAACCACAAACAACAGCGUUGAAUAAAAAAGAACAAUACAAAAGUAUCUUCUUUGGAAUUUCAAAUACAAUAAAUUUGGGAUUAACCAGCUGCAUUAAUCGUAUCUUCGGCGUCAACCACGGAAACCGCUGCCACAAUACGUUUGUGCUUUGUUGUGAACCACUAAACAGCGACAGCAGCACGCAGAGUCCCAUCAACAUCGCCCAACUAUUGUCGUCCAGCAUCCAUCACCUUCACUUACAUACUCACACACGCAUUCAGCAGUCAACAACAUUUCGCACGCAACUCGUUUAUCCAGCGCCCUUCACAAGCAUUCUUCUCCCACCAAUCGGCAUCGUGCUGCAUAAUGCAUUCGUGCGACAACAGCAACAGUAGCCCAACUAAACUUUGUACCUACGUGGCGUUAUAACCAUUAUGAUUCACCGCGUGACGUGUACGUGAAUCAUAAAAGGCGAAGUGCAUUUAUUGGCAUUUUUUGUAUUUUAUUUUCCUUUGCACUCAUUUGAAUACCAAAUUUGCGUUACUUAAAAGUGCAGAAGUGAUAGCAACAGCAGCAGCAGCAAUAGUAGCAGCUGCUAAGCGUGUAGCGGGAGGAGCAGAAGCGAAGAGCGAACGUGGAAGUUUGGCCUACAUCGUGUAGGCCUAAAAGUGGUUAUUCGCCGGUGUAGAGUGCAAGAGUACAGUAGUUGUAGUUGUAGUUGGCAGCAAAAGCAGCUGAAAGCACGCACAAGUUCAAGUCAAGUGCAAAAGUGAAUAAGCAGCAACAAGGCGCUGAGAAAUUCUUAUCGUGAGAACGUUAUGGCAGCAUCACAUUUGAGUUGGUUCGUGAAUUUGCUCUUCCUGCUAUUGAUGUUGGCGCGAGCACCGACAAUCGACACGCGGCCCGCCAGCGCACCACCAACAGCCGAUCUCAUUGCCGGGAAUGAGUUUCUCAAGUUAUUUUUCGAACGUGACGAAUCGCAGCGCGAAUUACAUAGCGGUGAAUACAGUGAAAAUGAACGCGCAAGCAGAGGUAGUGCUGCUGGAGAAAGGCGAGUGACGCGCGCUGAACACUCGGAGUUGACAGGCGAUUCAACCACGCAGUCAACUGAUUUAGGUAGCAGAGGUGCAGUUGCGCGUAACCUAAAUUACAAGAGUCGCAAUGUGCAGAAUGAUGCAGCGACGGCGACGACAACGGCAAAGACGACAGAGGACGACAGCAAACAGGUGGUAAAAUUGGUGACGUCAGGCAGUAAAAUUGUAUUCUUAGAGGAGUAUGAUGAUAAUGAUGCCGUUGUGGAUGCAGUGGCACGUGAUAUUGAUUUGCAGAAGGAAAAUGUGAAAACACGAACCAAGCAAACGUUAAAAGAAACUGCGGCGCAUCAUAAAGCCAGUCCUGGCGAUGAAGUCAAGGUGGUUGCGGUGAGUGUGUCAUCCUCCAGUAAACGUGGCAGCUUAAGUCGCACGCACAAUCAUUACAACACAGCUGAUGCAGUUAUGUCAAAGUCGAGCAAUAAAUUUUCGCAACAAAGUGACACAAUGCGCCGGCAGCAAGAGCAAGCACCGCAUGACAGCGCUGACAACAGUCAUAGCAUUGGUAGCAUGUCAGCCAUGAAGUUGACACUAACUACAACGCCACCAACAGCGCCAAUGAUCGCGUCUGCCACUUCGACAAUGGACGACUUUGUGAAUCGCUCGCACAAAAGUGAAUUCUCAAUUGAGGAAGCCGAGCCGCUGACAAUGUCGCCUCAAAAGCUACGCGGCUCCUCGCAUGCGACACGCGUCAAUAGUCCGCGUUCACUGCACAUGCCACAUGCAGUCAGUGGACGAGCAGUAAAAAUGGCUGGCAACCUGCCAGAUGUGAACGACUCGGAGAAUAGCGCUUCGACGAACAUACGAAACGUGCUGGCUGCCCCACUGGUGCAAUCCGCAUCGACGCGCACAGCUACGGUUACCGCGCCAGCUGCGUAUCACAGUGGCAGUGGCCAUAGUAAUCACAACAGCACGUCCUCACACAUAAAUCACAGCAGUGCAAACGCAGCACAGUCACAUGCCAGUAGUCACUUGAGUGCUGACGCUGACAUGACCGACGACAGCGUUAUGCUGGACACGUCAGCAGCAGCAGCCAUCGAUGAUGCCACUGCCGAAGUGGAUGAAAAAUUGUUGCCAUUCCAAACGGUGAUCUAUCACAAUACGAAAGAAGGUCAUGGCCCACAAUCACGAUCGAUAUCAUACAGCUCGCUAUCGCAGAAUGUCGCAGAUUUGCAUGCGUGGCGGCACUCGGGUAUUUUGGCCGAAGCGCAGCGCAAUGUUAGCGAAAGUUUAAAGCCCAUGCAGUUGGCGCACAACUCAGAACCGGCUAAAUUCUAUUCCGUGCCAUCAAAAAUGUACAGUGAACCAUCCAAGUUCUACUCUGAACCGGCCAAGGUUUACUCCGAGCCGGCUAAAGUCUAUGGUGAGCCAGAAAAGUUGUAUUCGGAACCGGCCAAAGUGUAUGGGCAACCGUCCAAGUUUUACUCGGAACCUGCAAAGGUAUACUCACAGCCGGCUAAAGUAUAUGGCGAACCAGCCAAGACAUAUUGGUCUCCAAGUGCAGGUGUGCCCACCGCAACCACUUCCACUACAACCACCAGCUCUAUAAGUACAACAACCACAACAUCGACAACAACUGUGCGGCCAGGGCGUUAUAUGCCUUCACGCCGUCCCGCCAUAGUGUCACGUAUUGCUUUCGGUGAGGCACAAACCUCUACAGCUGCACCACUUGCUGUCGAUGAACACGCACCGGCUACAAUGGCGGUUUUCACUAAUCAUAACCAACAGCAACAACAACCACACACUGCACAUCACGAGUCAAAUACACGUUUUCAUCAACAUCCACAUGUUCAUAGUCACAGUCACGGUGCGCAUAGUACGCAUAGUGCGCAUACUUCGCAUGGCUCGGUACAUGCGCAUUCGCAUACUCAUUCGCCCAGUCAGUCACACUCUGCAACAGCAGCCCAACCUGCUCAAUCGCAGUCACAAUCCCAGUCACAUGCAGCGCAAUCACAACCACGUCGUGUACUCUUCAACUUAGAUAAAUUGCCGUAUGAUUUAUUGAAUGCGCCGCUACAAUCAUCGCAACAUCUCUUGGAUCCCGACUUCUCGCACAGCCCCCCAGCGGCCGUUACCUACUCGUCGCCCAGACAACGUCAAUGCCUGGAGUCCGCCUUCUCAGCGUCAUUGUCUCAAUCAGCCUUGCAACAGCAACAGCAGCAACGUCAACAUUCAUCAUUGUCGGACCAACAUUCUAAUCAAAAUGCCAAAGGAUUGCCUAAUAGAGAUCUAGUCAAGUGUGUUUCCAAAUACAACCGGCCAUCUGUCACAGCAACAGCGACAACAGAGAGCAGCCAGAGUGGCAACUAUGAUGAUGACAACGACGAUGACGACGGUGACUUGUAUACGCCGACCCCAGAGCAAAAUUACGAAAUUGAAGAGUCCGUAAGUGUUAUGACAAACGGACGAGCCCAUGGUGUACAAGGCAAUUCAGCGGCGACAACAACAGCAAAGCCCUAUGCAACGCGCACCACAAAGCUAUCCAAUCGCGGGGUAAUACACCAUCAUCAGCAACAACAACAACAUCAUUAUCAUGGCAAUACCAACGCGAAUGCCAAUGUGGCCAGCGACUACGAUGACAAUGGUGGAGAUGCAGGUGGGUUGGAUGGUGGUGGCACUGGCGCUGGCGAUGAUAGUGUUGAUGCGGAUGGCGGCAAAACUGGAAACGAUGAUGAGGAUGCCAAGGUGGCGUAUGUGGUGGAGGGACGCAACUAUCGCAAAUAUCGCGUAGAGGAGAAGACAGACGAUGGUUUCAUUGUUGGCGAGUAUGGUGUGGUGGAUCAUAACGAUGGCAAUUUGCGAGGCGUACGUUACACUGCCGAUUCGACCAUUAAUCGGAGUUUGAUACAAAAGGCGUUGUUGACAUUUCUGAAGCUCAAAUAGUCAAAUGGACGACGUUGGAGGUGACGGAGGUGGUAUAGGGGCAUUAUGGCGAAUGGCAAAUGAUGUUGGGUGGCCAGUUUGCAUGGUAAGUAGUUAGCAGUGCAGAGAGUGACAGGCCGCAAUGUGAAGCGAGUACGCAGGCGUCAAAAUCAGCGCGUACGACUGCAAGCGCAUCUCUAUCGAGGGACGAGAUGCGAGUUGCUAGCGCGUGGGAUGUGGUCACCAAUAGCGUAGCUGAGCUGAGCUGUGCCUAAGACGCAUUGCAACGGGAAUAUGUACCAACCAAGAAACACCAACGCCAACGCCGUUGCCGUGGCAACUAUUGCCGCCUCUGGUAAAGACAGUUUUCUUAAGCACAAAGUAUUUCUUGUCUAUUUCUUGUGAAUUAUUAAGUCUUUUUUACAAUUUAUUUUUAUAUUUUGUACUUUUUUUUUUUUAAUCCCAUUAGACAAGCUAAAAAAAUAUGUGAUCCAAGUCGUACUGUAGAUAGCUUAAAAGGAAUACACUACUACAAAUACAUAGAAAUAUUAAGAAGGAAAAAAAACAAAAUAACACAAACACACAAGCACACUAGCACACUUAGGCACAAAUAAAGCGACACACACAAAUUAUUAGAUACAUAAGUAUGUAUCCAGUAGGUAUAAGUACUUAUGUUUGUAUGUAGGUAAGUAGUUAGAAGACACUCGUAACUAGCGCUCAUUUUUUAUAAUUUAUGAAACGACAAUUUUGCGCAUUGAUUGCAAUCGAUUGUGAGUUUAAUUUAUUGUAGUUUUGGUUUUUUAUUUAUUUUUAUUUUUCAUUCUUUUACAAAUACAUGUAAUAAACUGAAUUUAGCCGCAUAUGUACCAUAUGGGUCAGUUUGUAUUUGUGUAUAUUUGAAAUGGUUUAGUCUUCGUUUUAUUUAACUCAUGUUUAGUGAUUUAUUUCAGAUGAAAACCACUUGCCAUAAAUUUCCGUAGCAAAAACAAAAAUAACAACAAAAAAACAACUAAUCGUAAUUGUAAUUUAGCAAAAUAGUUUUAAUCUUACAUAUCGUAUGUUCACACAUACAUACACAUGUAAUUCUUCUAAGUAAUAGAGAUGCAAGUUUGUACAUUUAAUACUCAUUAGCAAAUCCAGCAAGUCGAUAUUCUUUACACGCGGACUUAGCGUAGAUUUUAUUGUUAAUUUUAUUUCAGUUUUAUUUCUAACGAAAUGGCAUUAGCCGCAGUUAAAUGUAAUAGUUAUUUAUAUUUAGCACUAAUUAUUUGAUUGAAAUUAAUUUAAGUGGGAGAAUCUUUUUCUACAGCAAGGAAAAAAUUUAUUUGAAAAAGUGUGACGCAAGUUUUAAAUUCCUUUAAUUGAUUUUUGUUUUUUUUGCUACUUAAAUUGUAAAAAAAAAUUUCAUUAACAUUUAAAAAGAGCUACCAUAAUUUCUGAAAGUGGUUGAAUAAGCGAUUUUUACACGAUUUUGAAAUAACUCGGUUUACUAAUAGGACUAUCAAUAAGUUCGUGCGGUUUUUUUUCGAAAUUUGAAACUUUAUUGACGUAAAAUGGUUACAAAUUUAAUAUUCAAAAUAUUGUCCAUCGCUUACUACUACUUUUUCCCAUCUUUCUGGCAAUUCACGGAUUCCCUUUGUGAAAAAUUCGGUCGGUUUUGCCGCAAUCCACGAAUCGAUCCAUUUUUUGACUUCAUCGUAAUUACGGAAGUGCUGGUCAGCCAGGCCAUGUUGCAUCGAUCGGAAGAGAUAGUAAUCGGAUGGCGCAAGGUCUGGACUAUACGGCGGGUGGGGUAGGACAUCCCAUUUGAGCGUUUCUAAGUAUGUUUUGACCACUUGUGCAACAUGUGGCCGAGCAUUGUCAUGUUGCAAAAUAACUUUGUCGUGUCUAUCGGCGUAUUGCGGCCGUUUUUCUCGCAGUGCUCGGCUCAAACGCAUCAAUUGUCGUCGGUAGACAUCCCCCGUAAUCGUUUCAUUCGGUUUCAGUAGCUCAUAAUACACAACACCCAGCUGGUCCCACCAGAUACACAGCAUAACCUUCAGGCCAUGAAUAUUCUGCGCCGACGUCGAUGUUGAAGCAUGGCCAGAGUAUCCAUACGUUGCCCGACGUUUUGGAUUGUCGUAAUGGACCCACUUUUCAUCGCCAGUCACAAUUCGAUGCAAAAAACCCUUUCUUUUGUGCCGUUGAAGCAGUUGUUCGCAUGCCAUAAAACGGCGUUCAACGUCUCUUGGCUUCAAUUCAUACGGCACCCAAUGGCCUACCUUUCGGAUCAUUCCCAUGGCUUUUAAACGUUUGGAAAUGGUUGAUUGAUCAACUCCCAAAGUUUUUGCAACCUCUUCUUGCGUUUGAGCCGGAUCUUGAUCGAGCAAUUCCUCCAAUUCGGUAUCCAUGAACUUUGGCGGCGCACCCUCGCGUUCUUCGUCUUCCAAGCCAAAAUCACCACUUUUAAAGCGUGCAAACCACUUCUGGCACGUUCGCUCAGAUAGAGCAUGCUCACCAUAAACUUCCACCAAGAUAC